GUAGGUAGGUACCUAGCUAUAAAACCAAGAGCCCCAAACAAGCGACAUACCUACGGCAGCCACUUCUGAAGCUGUUUCGUUUUCAAGACUACCCAAUUCUCAGCAUCUGUAUUCUGUAGGAAUUAGCCAGGAUGCUGGUGCUUUGUCUUCUCUUUCUCUCGGCUUUCGCUUCGACAGAAGCAAAAUCCUGGCCGAACUGCAAAAACCCACAGAUGUACUGCGGCCUGUACGGUCAGUGGUGCGGCCACCACUACUUCGGCAAGCCGUGCUUCUGCCUGCCCAAGUACCACACACACCCGCACCCGUUUGUCGGCGUAUAUUGCGGGCCGCAGCUCCGACCCAUCGAGCUGGACGAGUGUCUGCGCAUCUGCAGCGGCUGGUGCGUGAAGGGCUCGUUCCCCGGCGCUGGCUGCCACCCCCAGUUCCAGGGAUGGUGCUGCAAGAGCGGCCCCUGUGCCAACCGCAAGUACUGCCGCAAGGGAAAGAAGAACUGAGCAGAGGAACGCCAUACCACCGGCUGACCAGCGGGGUUGUCAUUGCUUAUUGUUGAUCUAAGUCAUAAGUCAUGACACGUCGUGGCAUUGGCUUUAAUUUGGUGACACGUUUGUACCACGGUAAACAAUAUCCAGGGUCUUUUGAUGGUAAACGUGCUUAGCUUAACCUACUAUUCAUAAAAUGUAUGCUUGUAAUGUCUUUCUUUGGACCAGUAUUUUUGGAGUGAGGAAAAAAUCAGCUGAAACAUUCGCAUCAGCAAUACGUUAUUAUUGGACAAUAAUAAUUCGCAUUAGACGUAAUACCGCGAUAAUAAUUCAACCCUGCUGCCACAUGACAAUGGCUAGCCACAGCAUGUGCCUCAAGUCGUGCUUCGUCAUUUGUCAAAUUCUAAGUGGCUUGCGGCAGUACGCUGUAAUAAAUCAUAUCGAUGGACAGACAUAGGCUAUCAAAUGCUAGCGAAGCAUAGAAAUCGUGAUGACGAGAAAUGACAAUUCGUUGCGGUCCGAGUUGUUUCAGUUUUGACGUAUGCUAUUUUUAGUUGCAACCAAAUAAACGAUUAUACGAA